UGAGCUGUGCGCGCCCGGGGCCCCCUUGGAGAGAGCGAGGAGAGCGCGCUGCCUGCCCGCGCCGAGCCAUGGCAGAUUCAUAUUCUUACCGAGUUGGAAAGAAGGUGGCCGGAUGCAGCAAGACCAGCGCAGACAAAGACAGCCACAAGGCGGAGAUGAAGAUCAACCCAGCAUAUGAGCAGUCAAGGCUGGGAAAUGCAACCAAUGAUAAAACAGAAGGCAAGAGGAAAGGGAGACCAAAGGCAGACAGCCAGGCCCUGAAAGAUAUCCCUCUGCCACUGAUGAACCAGUGGAAAGACGAGUUCAAGGCCCAUUCCAGGGUGAAAUGCCCGAAUUCGGGCUGCUGGCUGGAAUUCCCCAGCGUCUACGGCCUGAAAUACCACUACCAGCGCUGUCAAGGGGCCGCCGUGGUGGAGAAGCGGACCUUCCCCUGCCGGUACUGCGAAGCUGCUUUCACGUCCAAAACGCAGCUGGAAAAACACCGGCUCUGGAACCACCUGGACAGGCCGCUGCCGGCCGUGGCCCCCCCGCUAGGAAACAAAGUGCAGAAAGCCGCCGGCAAGGGCGGGGGCAAGAAAAGAGCUGCCGAGGGUUCAGCUUCCCCCACCAUCCAUCCCAAACAGGCAAAGGUGGAGAAGGCCGUCGCCCUGCAGCGCACCGAGAACGGGGAGUGCGCGGCCGUCAGCCCGGGCGGCAAACAGUUCCAGCCGUCGGGCGGCAGAGGCAGUGGGGCGGCAGCCGCCCAGCCGUCGGGCGGCAGAGGUGGCAAACAGCAGUCUGGUCGCCAGGCCGUGGUGCAGGAGGAGGACCCUGAGCGGAUGAAGCACAGAAGGAAACAGAAAACUCCUAAGAAGUUUACUGGGGAGCAGCCGUCCAUCUCGGGAACGUUUGGACUGAAAGGGCUGGCGAAAGCAGAGGACAAGGCGAAGGUGCACCGAGCAAAGAAACUGGAAGCAGCUCUAAACAGCAGUGGCAACAAUGACGAGCAGAAAAAGAAGCUGCUGGGAUCCGGAACGAAAAAGGAGGCGGCAGCGGCAGCGGCUUCUUCAGCCACAGCGAGCCCGGAGGAGCAGUGGCAGCGGACGAUCAACGAGAAAGGAGAGGUCGCCUGCCCCACCUGCAGCAUGAUAACCAGGAAGACGAUCCUCGGUCUCAAAAAACACAUGGAAGUCUGCCAAAAACUUCAGGAUGCCUUGAAAUGCCAGCACUGCAAGAAACAAUUCAAGUCCAAAGCCGGAUUGAAUUAUCACACCAUGGCUGAACAUGUCAACAAGCCUGUUCCUGUGGAAGCCACCCUCCCUCUGAAUGAGCACGAAGAGCGGGAAAGGCUGAGGAAAGUGCUAAAGCAGAUGGGGAAGCUAAAAUGCCCCAAUGAGGGCUGCAUCGCUACCUUCUCCAGCCUGAUGGGCUACCAGUACCACCAGAAGCGGUGUGGGAAGCAGCCGUCUGAAGUGGAGAAGCCAGUCUUCAGCUGCCGGCACUGUGGGAAGACGUACAAGUCCAAAGCUGGGCACGAUUACCACAUGCGGUCAGAGCAUCCCUCUACACCUCCCGAACAGCCUGAGGCCAAGCCUGAGGCCAACCCGGUCGAAGAUUUCGAGAGGACACCGAGUGGCAGGAUCCGGCGCACGUCCGCCCAAGUCGCUGUCUUCCACUUGCAGGAAAUUGCCGAGGAUGAGCUGGCCAAGGACUGGACCAAACGGAGGAUGAAGGACGACCUGGUCCCCGAGACGAAGCGGCUAAAUUACACCCGCCCCGGGCUUCCGAAGUUGAAUCCCAGGCUUCUGGAGACGUGGAAAAAUGAAGUGAAGGAAAAAGGCCACAUCAACUGCCCUAAUAACUGCUGCGCAGCCAUCUACUCCAGCGUGUCUGGUUUGAAAGCCCACCUUGCAAACUGCAACAAGGGAGACCAUUCCGUGGGCAAGUACCGUUGUCUUCUGUGUCAGAAGGAGUUUAGCUCAGAAAGCGGAGUCAAAUACCACAUCAUUAAGACGCACUCGGAGAACUGGUUCCGAACCUCUGCGGACGCCAUCCGGAAGAAGAAGAGCAGGGAACAGACCACUCCUAGCCACGAAGAGAAAAAGAAAAGCACAGACGGGAAAAAAAGAGGCCGAAAACCCAAGGAAAGGCCGCCGGAGGCUUCCGUGAAAAGCAAAGACAGCACGGCGGGAAAGACUAACCAUAAGAAAAUGACAGGGUUGUGGCAGGUCGCGGACUCCAACCCCGAUGGGCGAGAGAGAGGUAGCAAGCCCCCCCAGAACAAGAAAGGGGGAGCUAGUAAAAUGCCGGAGAAAUAAGCAGCUGAGAAGAAAGAAAAACUCUUCAAUGAUUAGUUUACAGCCCAGGGUCACGGGGUGGGGGGGGGUGGCGUUGGCGUUACUGCGUGAUUGCCGAACCCCCGCCCGGCCCCUCCAUCUUCUGCUCAUCCCUUUUUUUUAAAUCAAAAAGCCACUUUAAAGCAUAAUCAUGGACAUUUGUCUUCGCGCUGGAAAGAAGAAAACCAACGGGAUGGCCGGUACGAAUCUUCCACCGGGAACCUCCACGGAUUGUACAUACACUCGUGCGCUUACGUGGGUUGUAUGCCGUGUCCGCGGACAGGCCAUGCAACGACACGGUUGCUGGCGGGGUCUUGCGUUCAGCUUUUCCUCCUCCGUCCGUCUUCGAAGCCGGCUCCGCUCGACUGGCGAAGAGCAAACAGGUGUUGCUGGGCAAAAGGAGAGCAACGUGCAAUAGGUACCCAGGUGUGAGCUGGUCACCGUUCUUUAUUUGUGGGUUGCUUUUCAGGUAGCAGUCAUGUGUUAGGAAAUAGAGCUGGUGGGAAUUCUACGAAUGAAUUUAUUGUUGUGAUUGUGGUGGAAAACCAGCUUUCUUUUAUCCUUUUCAUAGGAAAUGCUUUUUUAAAAAAAAGAAAAGAAAAACCCGAUGAGAUUGUUUGACAAUGAACAUUUCAGAAUUUUUUUUUAAAAAAUCUUUCUUUCUUUUGGUUGGUUUUAUUAUGAUUAUUUACCCUGAAUUUGGAUCUUAGGUUUACUUUCAGAGUGCCAGUAGAUUAGCAAGAAGACAGCAACCAUUUGGGAAAUCAUAAUUUGGAUGUCAAGGUUUAAGGAAAUGAAACGUUCAUAGAAAACUAAAAUUGGGUGGGUGGGGGAAGUUUUGGUAACUUUUCUCCCAGAGUAAAUUGCCUGGGUAGUUUUAGUAUGUAAAUGGCAAUAGAAUUUUGUGAAAGCUUUUAUGUGAAGGAAGAUUUGAAAGGAACCCAUUCGUUGCGCGGGUGGGACACUUCGAAGAACAUACAAAAACACAAUACUAAGCAGGCCUAAUCAAUUAAUCAGUUCACCGGUCAAUUAGCUGAUUCUUAUAGAAUGUGAAAAGUGCAUUUGUGCAGAAUAGUUGGGUUUGUCCUGGCACGUAUAUUACCUCGACUCAAUGGCUGCAUUCGGACAACACAGUAGUCAAUGGUGGGUUAAUAGUCAACUCCACGGUUGAUUAUCAAGGGGGUCUUCCCCACAUGACAUGAUUAUAAUCAACCGUGGUGUGGA